CUUCCCUUGAAGUGCAUUGUAGAAUGUUAACGUGAAUUUAAAAAAAAAAAUAUUUUAAUUGCCUUAUUCGUGAUACGCGCUAAUUUUCAAAAAUCUACCUAAAAUGUAUAUUUAAUCUUUUAGAAAUAUAAAAUUUUUUUCACAUUUGUUUUGUUUUAUCAACAUUGGAGGAAUUUUUCCAUAUAGAAGAAACACACGUGGCGUCUGUUUUUCUGUUUUAAAAUAAAGUGUUUAUUUUAGAACGUGGGCAGAGUGGCAGAGAGUUUAUGCGGAGAGUGAAUUCUGGCGGGAUUCUCGAGGGGUAAAGAGGCGAUUAAAGACAAGAAGUCGCCUCAGUUCAGAGUGCACAUGCUGAGGAUACGACAACUCGCUCGUUCAGAGAUCUCUCCAUCACCAUGAGACCCUGGGCGAAUAAGAAUGCCAUUUUUGGAAUAACUGGACUCAUAUUUAUUCUCGUUGGGGGAUUUUUCUCCAUCUAUUGGCCUUUUAUUUUCGAUCACAUUUUACACAAGGAACUGACAUUGUCACCAACGUCGAGGGCCUAUGAAAUUUGGCAAAAUUCAAGCAAACUUCCAGUGCAUUUGAAAAUUUAUUUUUUCAAUUGGACCAAUCCUGAGGAUAUUGAAAAUCCCGAAAAGAAACCAAAUUUCGUUCAAUUAGGACCUUACAGUUUUCUGGAAGUGAGAGAGAAGGUGAAUGUGACAUUUCAUCCAGAAAAUGGAACAGUUAGUUAUUUUCAACGAAAAUUUUGGCGUUUUGACGAAAAGAUGAGCAAUGGAUCAUUGGACGAUAUAAUCGUUCAACUUAAUGUCGUUGCAAUUACUGCAGCAAGAAAAGUGUUGACACUGCCAGCAAUGUAUCAAGGUGCAUUUGCCCAACUUAUGGACACAAUGAACAUGAAACUUUAUAAUGUGAAAACAGUAAACGAAUUGACAUUCAAAGGAUAUGUCGAUCAUUUGAUACAAUUAAAAAAUACCGUCCCAUUGGAUGGUGACGAUUCACCGCCUUUCGAUCGUUUCGGAUGGUUUUACAUGAGAAAUGGAUCGACAAUGUUCGAGGGUCACAUGAAUAUGGAAACGGGAGAGAAGGACAUUUCGAAAAUUGGAGUUGCAAGACGAUGGAAUUAUAAAGAUACUAUGAAAUUUUAUAAAGUUCCUUGUAAUACUGUCGAAGGAAGUGGAGGAGAAUUUUGGCCACCAUUACGAAAUUUUGGUGACUUCUCGUCUCCUUUCAAAACAAACGAUAUUAGUUUAUUCAGUGCGGAUUUAUGCAGACCUUUGACAUACGAGUUCAAGCGUGAAGUGAAUCACAAAGGUAUCAGCGGCUAUCAAUUUACGCUCGAUCGUAAAACAUUGGGUAACAAUACGAAAAAACGUUAUCCUCACGAGCAGGCGAGAUAUUUUGUACCAACAACGACUACGGAGGACUUCUUUUCCGCGGAACCUACCUCUCAAUCAAUUGAAAGUGAAGAAGAUCCAGAUGUCGUGAACGUAGGUCAAUGCUUCUGUAACGGAGAUUGUAGUCCAAUGGGUCUCAUGAAUAUCACUGCCUGUCGUUAUGGUGCACCAGCAUUCGUUAGUCUACCUCAUUUUCAUAAAGCUGAUCCCAUUCUAAGAGAGCGAAUCAAUGGAAUGAAUCCCAAAGAUGAUGAACACAACUUUUAUAUUACGUUAGAGCCCACUUCAGGAAUUCCUUUGGACGUAGCAGCAAGAUUACAAGUCAAUAUUUUGUUGCAACCAUCUAAAUUUGCAUCGUUCAUGAAGAAUGUUCCUACGAUCUACUUUCCAGUAUUUUGGUUCAGUUUAAGAGCUGGCCUCCCUGACGAAAUGACUGGACAAAUGAAGAUGUUAGUCAUGACACCUAGCCUAAUGCAUUAUGGUAGUAUAGCACUUUUAUUCAUUGGAUCAUUAUUCGUUUUGGGCACUGCAAUAAUGUGCUAUUGUCAUCAUGGAAAAACAGGAUCUUCGGAAUCCUCGACAAGAAUGUCAGUUACAUAUCCAAAUAGAAAAGCAGAGCUAGUUUAUAUGGAUAAGACUGAUAAUGAAGAUCCACAAAUAAAGAGCAAUCGACGUUUAUAUCCAAAAUUGUAAAUUUUCUCUUUAGGUCAAAAAAGUGAUAAAAUAUUUUUUAAUGACUCACCUUAAAAAAGGGGCAUUCAAUGAAAUCAAUAUUUAACGUGAUAAUUAAUUGCCGAUGAAAGACAAGGAAAUAUUCCAAUUUAAAUACAAUUCAUUUAUAGAAACAAUUUUGAGCCAAGACUGUGAUGAAAAAAAAUAUUUUUGAACACUUUUCUGAAUUUUUUUUUUUUUUUUAAUAGUUAAAACUGUGAAAUGUUUUUACACUGAAGUGCCAAAUUAUUCUUUUUUUUAUAAACUAUGAUAGCAAUCAGAUGCUAAAUGAAAUUUAUAUACAUUU